AUGCGAACACGUUCUCAAACUCGUAAGGAAGCAUUGGUAAAAGCAGAAGUGACAGUGAGCAAUACAAUGGGUGAACAACCAGCAGCAGCAACAGAUACUAAAGCACUGAAGGCUUUCUCUGAGCCGAAAAUAAAUGACGUUCAAUCUACAAUUGUAAGUCCAGCCAUCGCGGCUAAGACUUUUGAGAUCAAACCGGGCACUAUUCAGAUGGUUCGAAACUCAGUUCAGUUUGGGGGUGCUCCGACGGAAGAUCUUAAUAUGCAUAUUCAAGAUUUCAUCGAAAUCUGCGAUACUUUCAAGUUCAAUGGAUCUAUUACGACAUGGGAGGAUUUGGCUCAGAAUUUUCUUACUAAAUUCUUCCCUAUGGCCAAAACAGCUGCAAUCAGGAAUUCUAUCACUCAAUUUUCUCAGCCGUCUGUUGAAAUUCUAUGUGAACCUUGGGAACGCUACAAGGAGAUGCUUCGAAAGUGUCCUCAUCAUGGGAUGCUGUAUUGGAUGGUGAUAAAUUGUUUGUAUAAUGGCCUGGGACCUCGAUCGAGACCUAUGCUUGAUGCAGCAUCAGGUGGAGCUCUAUGGGCUAAGAUCAAUGAGGUAGCUUAUGAGUUGAUCGAGAUGAUGGCGGCGAAUGACUAUCAGAAUCCUACGCAGCGUCUUCAUCAAGGCAAAGCAGCAGGAAUUCUGGAUGUGGAUGCUACUACAGCCAUAGCUGCUCAGCUGAAAGCUCUUACUAUGAAAAUGGAUUCCUUAGCAAACUUGGGAGUUCAGCAGCCACCUACUGUUUGUGAGAUUUGUGCGGGUACACAUUCUACUUAUGAGUGUGCCAUAUCUAGUGAAUCAGCUCAGUUUGUGAGCAAUUUUCAGAGUGAUACUAAUGCCAAUCCGGGAAAGAAGGAAGUAAAAGAACAGGUACAAGCAAUCACCCUUAGGUCUGGGAAGGAUACGAAGAAACAAGAAUCAGCAGUAGAGCAGAACAAAGAAGAGAGCAAUCAGCAGGAAGAAACACCCGUGCUCUCCUCUGAGUCAGAAAGUGGAAAAAAUGUUGUUGGGGCUGAUCUAAAUAAAAGCAACGUGGAAGAAAGCAAGGAUUCACCUGAAAAAUCUGCUCCUAAACAUGAUGAUGGAGUCAAGCAAGUGUAUCCACCUCCCCCAUAUCCGAAAAGACUUCAGAAGCAGAAACUCGACAAGCAAUUCGCAAAAUUUCUAGAGGUUUUCAAGAAAUUGCAGAUCAAGAUCCCUUUUGCGGAAGCACUACAACAAAUGUCGAGCUAUGCUAAGUUCAUGAAGGAUAUUCUAUCUCGAAAAUUGAAGCUCGAGGAGUUGGAGACUGUUGCUUUAACGGAAGAGUGCAGUACGGUGCUACAACAGAAAUUGUCUCCUAAACUCAAAGAUCCGGGGAGUUUCACAAUACCAUGCACUAUUGGCAAGUUAUCUUUCGACAAGUUGACUCGGCGUAUAGAUGUCAUGCAUGACAUUCAUCGCCGUUUUGAUGAGGAUUUGACACAAGCUCUUGGGAGUGCUUUUCGAGCCUUUGGUGUUGAAGUUGAUUGGUCAGUGUUUGGAGCUGGCAUGGUGUAUCGGCCGGCCGAGGAGGGUGAUCCUGUCGACUUCUAG